AUGCCCAACAUCGGCUACGGCAGCAACAAGAAGACGCGGCACAUGCUGCGCAGCGGGUUCCAGGUGUUCCGCGUGCACAACGAGAGGGACGUGGAGCUCCUGCUCAUGCACAACAGCCACUUCUCCCUCCCCUCUCGCGCCCCUCCCUCCCCUCUCGCGCCCCUCCCUCCCCUUCUUGCCCCUCCACCCUCUCCCCGCCCCCUUGCACCCUCCUCCCCCCCCCCCCGCACCUUUCCCACUUCUCUCUUUCGUGCGCCUCUUCUCGUCGCGUCCUCCAUAAUCCAUUGCCGUCAUCCACGUCUCGUUAUCACGAUUGCCUCUGCCGUGUCGACGCGCAAGCGCAAGGCCAUUGUGGAGAGGGCGCAGCAGCUGGAUGUGAAGGUUAUCAACGGCAACGCUCGCCUGCGCAGCACUGAGGACGAAUAG